AAUGUUGAAAAAUCUGUCAAAAUGUAGGAAAGACCCGAUCUCGUUUUACAGAAGAAGAAGUAAGGACCAUGGUUGUCAAAUGACUUGUGCAAUGUCACAGGUAGUUAAAUAGUAGAGCCCAGAUGCACACAGCCAUCCAAGCAGCGGGAGUGGCCAGGUGGCGCAGGGCGAUUGUUGGAAGAGUCAGAGCCAUGACGACCAUCCAGAAACUCCAUGACUUCAUGGCCAAACCUAUGGGGGACAAGCCUGUGCAGUGCCUGGCGGACAUUAGGGAAAUGCUGGGCAAGGUGCUUGAGGACAAAGGUUAUGACAAAGCCUAUGUGGUCCUGGGCAAGUUCUUCAUGAUGAAAAAAGACAAAGACUUCUUCUGGGAAUGGCACAGAGUCAUCUGUGGGGCCAACGCCAAGCAAUCACAGUGUGUGAAGUGGAAGGGAAUCAUGAGGUAACAAGAUGUAUCCUUUUUAGCCACUUUUCAAACUAAGACCAGAGAGUGAAAGAGAAAACUACCUCCAAAAGGAGGUAGUUUAAUGGAAAGAACCUAGAGGUAUUGGAAAUGGAAAAAAAAAAACCCAAGUAGGAACCUCCCAUGGCUAGUGAAGCACAAUCCUUGCAGUUAAAAAACUAAAACAAGUUUAUUGAAGGUAGGAAGUGGUAGAUAAGGUCCUAAAUCUACACAACUAUAGCUCAUCCCACCAACCUAUGCUCUCCCUUAUGGGGUUUGCUCUUCUGGUCUUCUCAAGCCCUUCUUAUUCCCUGAUUAUAUCUAGACCCCAAAAAGCUAUCUGACUACCUUACUACAGAUUGUCUUUAAAAGGCUGAGGAUGCAGGACUCACAGAUGUACUGAGUCCUUACCCAAAGCCUGGGGUUGGCUUUCUAGAUAAACUCAAAGUCCCAGGUGACAAAACCCUUAGGUUUACCUUAACCAAGUUGUUUCUGACAGGUUAAUCUCUGUACUUCAGGGAAAGGCAGGUCUCCUCCAAGGCAGUUCUCCAAACCAUGAAUUUCCUAAUCUUUCCACAAGAUUAGUCUUUUCCCCAGGGGAUGCCAAAGCAAAGAUCCUCCUUACCAGCUCAGAGGAA